AUGUUCUUUCUAGAUUCGCAGGAACAAAACUCCGAUCAUCUUCUCCAUGAAGAUGUGGCGGAUUUCAACCGUCAAUCUCCGUCGUCUCCGCCGUGCGCGAACGGCCACCGAUCUACGAUUUCUCUGCGAACCGACCAAGGAGGAACAUUCUGCUUCCUCUGCUUCUCCAAUCUCGUCUCCGAUCCACGCGUCCCCACCGUACAUCUCUCCUACGCGCUUCACCAGCUCUCGAUCGCUCUCUCUGAACCUCUCUUCCUCCGAACCUUACUCUCCUCGCAUGUUCACUUUCUCGUAUCGCCUCUCGUCCACGCGCUUUCUUCCUUUGAUGAUGCUCCCAUCGCUAUUCAGAUCAUGGAUACAAUCUCUCUUCUCUGUUCCGCCGUGGAAUCUUCCGUCGGCGAAGAUUUUGUGGAGAGAAUCUCCGCUCAGCUCUCUUCUGGUGCAUUGGGUUGGAGCCGGAGACAGCUUCAUAUGCUCCAUUGCUUUGGCGUUCUGAUGAACUAUGAGAAUAUAGACACCAAUUCGCACAUCAAAGAUAAAGAAUCUCUUGUUUGCCAACUCGUUGAAGGUCUUCAAUUACCGAGCGAGGAGAUCCGCGGUGAAAUCCUUUUCGUUCUGUACAAAUUUUCUGCUCUACAGUUCAUAGAACAAAAUGUUGAUGGAAUUGAGGUUCUUUCUUCAUUGUGUCCUAAGCUCUUAUGCCUAUCCUUCGAAGCUCUUGCAAAGACACAGAGAGAUGACGUUCGCCUGAAUUGUGUAGCCCUUUUGACCAUCUUGGCCCAGCAAGGUCUUUUAGCAAAUUCAUAUACAAGUCCUGUCAGCAGCAUGAGCUUGGAUGAAGUGGAUGAUGACCCUAUGCAUACGGCUGAGACUUGUUUAAAUGUCUUAUUUGCUGAGGCCAUCAAAGGUCCAUUGCUUUCCACUGACAGCGAGGUGCAAAUAAGAACCCUUGAUCUUAUCUUCCAUUACGUGUCCCAAGAGAGUAUUUCAAGCAAACAGAUUCAAGUUCUGGUAGAAGAAAAUGUUGCUGAUUAUAUAUUCGAGAUAAUGCGGUUAUCAGAAUGUAAAGAUCAGGUCAUCAACUCAUGCCUCAGAGUUCUUGAUCUAUUCUCCUUAGCCGAACAUUCGUUUCGGAAGAAACUUGUAAUUGGGUUUCCUUCAGUCAUCCAAUUGCUUCACUAUGUAGGUGGAGUUCCUUGCCAUCCUUUUCAAAUCCAGACACUGAAGCUUAUUUCGAGCUGCAUUUCUGAUUUUCCUGGGAUUGCUUCAACUUCUCAAGUCCAUGAGAUUGGUCUGGUUAUGAAAACGAUGCUUGAAAGAUAUUAUUCUCAGGAGAUGGGAUUAUUUCCGGACGCAUACGCGAUUAUCUGUUCAAUCUUCGUUUCCCUAAUGAAAACUCCUUCUUUUGCUGAGACUCCAGAUGUGUUAACGUCAUUGCAAGAAUCCCUGAGACAUGCCAUUUUGGCCUGUCUUCGUCUCCCUGAGAAAGAUUCAUCCCAGAUCUCGCAUGCAGUCUACUUACUCAAUGAAGUGUAUGCAUACUGUUCUGCACCAACAUCCAUAAACAAGACCAGUUGCAUUGAGUUAAGGCAUUGUGUUAUAGACUUGUGCGUAUCACACAUAUUGUCGUGGUUCCUCGCUAACGUCAACGAAAUCAGUGAGGAAGCAACUCUUGGCAUAAUGGAAACUUUUCAUUCCAUUCUACUUCAGAAUUCAGAUAUCCAAGUCGUGGAUUUUGCGGAGAUACUUGUUUCAGCAGAUUGGUUCAGCUUUUCAUUUGGAUGCUUAGGAAACUUUUCUACGGAUAAGAUGAAACAGAGGGUAUAUUUGAUGUUCAGUUCCCUUGUUGAUGUUCUUCACAAACAGAAAACGGGGUCAUAUAUCAGAGAUGCUCUUCCCUGUCUUCCUUCUGAUCCACAAGAUUUGCUGUUUUUGCUCGGGCAAGAUAGUUCCAGUAAUCAAGAGCUGGCUUCUUGCCAGUUGGCAGCUCUGUUGAUUUUCCAUACCAGUUGGAUACACAAUGACAGGCUUGCAGAUGAUAAGCUGGUUUUGGCUUCUUUGGAGCAAUACAUUCUUGUAAACAGGACAAGUUUAAUACGUACGAUCUCUGAUUCUCCAGCUAUGCUUCACCUAGUGAAUCUAUAUAGUCUUUGCAGGAGUCAUCAAAACAAGAGAUACCAGAUAUCCUACAGCCUAGAAGCUGAGAGGAUAGUCUUCCAUCUACUAAAUGAAUAUGAGUGGGACUUGGGUUCCAGUGAUAUUCAUCUAGAAUCUCUGAAGUGGCUCUUUCAACAGGAAGAUAUAAGCAAAAGCUUAACUUACCAGAUCCAAAACAUUUCCCGGAACAACUUUGUUGGAAAUGAAAUGCACAGUGUGUACGGAGAUGGCAGACAGAGAUCACUCACAUAUUGGUUCGCAAAGUUGAUAUCAGAAGGAGACAACUAUGCCGCAACUCUUUUGGUUAACUUGUUGACACAGCUCGCAGAGAAGGAAGAGAAAGAGAAUGAUGUUAUCUCAACUUUAACUCUGAUGACCACAGUCGUAUCUAUAUCCCCAACAGCCUCCGACCAGUUAUCUAUGCAUGGCAUUGGCAACGCAAUUCAUAGACUCGUUUGUGGUUUUACUAACUCAUCCCUCGGAACAUCUUUCACAACACUUCUUCUGCUAGUAUUCAACAUUUUAGCUUCUGUGCAACCUGGAGUGCUUAAAAAUGAUGAUUCCUGGGAUGCUGUAUUUAUAAAGUUGUUGAACUGUUUGAGCUUGCGAGAAACUGCCAUAACACAGAACCAUGACGGUAUGGUGGUGAUUGGCAUUCUCUGCUUGGUUCUGUACCAUUCAUCAUCUGGAGCACUUGUGGAAGCGUCUAGAAGUAUUGUGUUAAAUCCGUACUUGGUAUCAGCAAUCAACACUGUGGUUGACGUAGCUUGCUCAAAGGGUCCAGCACUGACUCAGUGUCAGGAUGAAUCUGACAUCGGGGAGGCUCUAGCAUUCACGUUACCUCUCUACUUUUUCUCAUUAAGAAGCCUGCAGAUUGUUCUAGCUGGAGCAGUGGAUUGGCAAAUUUUCUUUGCUCAAUCGGGCAAUCUUGAAACAACAUUGCCCGUAAUCUGCAUCUAUUGCCAUAAUUUGUGUAGGUUGAUGCAUUUUGGAACACCGCAAAUCAAGCUCAUCGCUUCCUAUUGUCUUUUGGAGUUGCUCACUGGACUAUCAGAACAGGUCGAAACUAAAAACGAGCAACUACGGUGUUCCCCGAAUUACCUGAAAUCAGUGAAGUCUGUAUUAGGUGGUCUUGUAUUCUACGAUGACGUAAGAGUAGCGACAAACUCUGCGCUUUGUCUAUCAAUGAUAUUAAGAUUGGAAGACAUGGAAGGAAGAACGGAGAUGCUUAAAACCAGCUCAUGGUAUAGGUUUAUUGCAGAAGAAAUGUCAGUGUCCUUGGCCAUGCCCUGUUCAGCAUCAAAUACCUUUGUGAACCACCACAAGCCAGCGGUCUAUGUAACCGUUGCCAUGCUAAGACUCAGGAGCAAGCCGGUGUGGCUGAGAACUGUUUUUGACGAGUCUUGCGUCUCUAGCAUGAUUCAAAAUCUGACCGGGACGAAUAUCAGCUGCGAGAUUGUGAUUUUGUUUCGAGAACUUAUGCAGGCUCAGCUUUUGAGCUCCGAGCAAGCAGCCAAGUUGAAUCGUGUAUUCCAGGCAAGCAGACAACAAAUGCAGAGAAAUGGAACUCGAGAUGAGAUCGUUGAAGAACAAGUGGAACAGACAAUAUCCUCAGUCCAUGAUCUUGGUGAUGUCUGCAGUUAUCUUGUUCAUUUGAUGGUAUCUAAUUCGUUUGGAUACACGAGUGGAAGCGAAACAUACACCAAGAAGAAGAAACAGGUUCUUGACGAAAUGGAACAAUUCUCUAAUUUAUUAUCAACAAGAGGGAAUGAUGUUACUAAUUCAACAUUGUGUAAGGUCUAUACAAGAAAGACAAACGCAAACAGAGCGAAAUCGUGA